AGGGUAUUCACUCUAUGCCUAGCAUCGUUGGUCGCGGACUAGUCGACUCCCCACACGCGAGACACAGAUUCAGUUGAUACAACAAUAUCUUCAGAAAAUGAAGUGCUUUUCUGUGGCUGCUGUCUGUGCCCUCGUGGCCUGCAGCGUCUUCGCUGAGGAUGCCGCAGAGAAAGACAAAGACAUCGAAGGUCGCGGAGGCAUUCUAGGGGGCGGUCUAGGCGCUGGUCUAGGAGCCGGCGGUUACGGCGCUGGUGUGGGACCCGGCCAAGUCGGCGCGGGUCUUGGAGGCGCUGGACUUGGCGGGCUUGGCGUGGCUGGCGGUGCUGGCUAUGGGGGCAUAGGUCUUGCUGGCCCUGCAGUUGCCAAUACUGGACUCGUCGGAACCGGUGGCCUCGGCUACGGAGCUGGUCUCGGAUACGGUGGUCUCGGAUACGGUGGUCUCGGAUACGGUGGUCUCGGAUACGGUCGUCUCGGCUAUGGUGGCGUCGGAUAUGGAAGCGGUCUCGGAAUCGGCCGUCUCGGGUACGGUGGUCUUGGCUACGGAAGCGGCCUCGGCUACGGUGGUGGCUACCAAUCCGGCUACGGCUCUUCGGCUGGGGGUCAGCAGGGAGGAUACCUGGGUGGAGCUAGUGGACUCAACCAGGGUUCCGCCGGCUUCGCUGGUGGUGCUUCUACCGGCAAUGUGAACGCCUACAACCACAAGCAGGGUUACAAUCACGCUUCAGGCUUUUCAGCAAGUGACGGCAAGAGCUUUGGCUCCGGACAGAAGCAGGGCUCCGCUGGAUUUGGAAGCAGCGCUGGUGGGCUCCAGGGAGGAUACGGACAAAAGUCGUUCGGGCAGAACGCCGGCUCUGCCUUCGGUGGUGGAUACCUCGGCUAAAGACUGAACCUGCGUCAUCUUUUCCAGCCCAGCUUCGGAGAUGUUUUGUGGUCACAAAUGGUCUCUGGCAGCUUCCGAGAACUGAAUAAAACUUUCUCCUGCGCGA